AGAACAACCAUCAACCAAUAAACACUAUAGUGUUUUAUUAGUUUUAAUCUGUUCCCCUUUAAAUUUACACUAUUAUACUAUUACGUCAAAAAUAAUGCUACUUUUACUAGCAACAACAAGUCUGUUAAUAAUUUUAAUAGUUUGGCUGAAACAUUUAAACCGUGAUUAUGAAUUAACUUCUUUAACGAGAAAAAUCAAAACCGUUGAUGGUUCAUCUUUAAAAAAUUCUGUAGCUAUUGGCUGUGGUUUUUGGGGCAAUAGCUAUGAUUUGAUUUCCAUGAACUUGGAACAAAUGUUCGAUUAUUCUCGUACAUUUGCUAAAAGAUAUGGGCGCAGUUAUAUACAAUACUUUUUUUCCUGUCCCGUUUACAAUAUCAUUGAUCCGGUAAAUGCUGAGCUGAUAUUAAACGAUAAUCGUAUAUUGACCAAAGGUAUAGUUUAUUCAUUUUUACAUCCCUUUUUAAAGACUGGACUACUGACGAGCACGGAUAAAAAAUGGCAUAGCCGACGUCGCUUAUUAACGCCUGCAUUUCAUUUCAAUAUUUUAACUCAAUUUAUUGAAAUAUUUAAACGCGAAUCUUUAAAAUUUAUUGAUAAUUUGAAUGAUAAAUUAACAGAUGGCCGUACAGAUGCUGAAAUAUCAUUAAGCGAACUAAUACCUCGAUUUACUCUCAAUAACAUAUGUGAAACGGCUCUCGGCGUUAGUCUAGAUGAUCAUUUAGGAGGUGAUGAUUAUCGCCAAAACAUUACCGAAGUUGAGGAAAGUCUUAUGGAACGUAUAAAAAAUCCUAUAAUGGUUUAUGAUCUACUUUACUAUACAUUCGGAGAUGGCAAGAACUACUUAAAGUCCAUGGAUAAAUUGCAUAAAUUUUCAUCGGACAUUAUAGAAAAACGACGUAUUCAAAUGGAAAAAGAAAUACAGGAACAGAGUAAUUCGGAAACAGCUGAAAAUAAUGACAACAUGUAUCGUAAGCAACGUUAUGCCAUGUUGGAUACCAUGUUAAGAGCUGAAAAAGAUGGUCUCAUAGAUCAUGCUGGCAUUUGUGAAGAAGUUGAUACUUUUAUGUUUGAGGGUUUCGAUACCACUUCCAUGAAUUUAAUAUUCACUUUAAUGAAUUUAGCUUUGUAUCCAGAAAUGCAACAAAAAUGUUUCGAAGAAAUACAACAGCAGAUUUCUGCAGAUGAACUUAAGGAUUUGGCAAUGUCAGAACUGAGUAAUCUUAAAUAUUUAGAAUGCUUUAUCAAGGAAACCCAACGUUUAUAUCCCUCAGUACCGAUAAUAAUAAGAGAAUGUACCACGGAUUUGUCUUUGAAAAAUAAUUUACUUUUACCCAAGGGUACUCAGGUUAAUAUACAUAUUUUCGAUAUACACAGAAAUCCUUUGUAUUAUGAUAAACCCGAGGAAUUUAGACCAGAACGUUUUAUGUCAUCGGAGAUGGAAAAACGUCAUCCAUUUGCCUUUAUACCUUUCAGUGCAGGUCAAAGAAAUUGUAUUGGUCAAAAGUUUGCCAUGUUAGAAAUGAAGACCUUAUUAGUGCAUGUGUUAAAGAAUUUCAAAUUAGAAGCUGUUACCCACCCGAACUCGUUUCAAUUUUCGGCUGGCAUAUUAAUACGUACUAGAACUAAUAUCAAAAUUAAAAUAAAAAGGCGCCAAUAGAUUUUGAUGCAAAUUUUAGUGUUAAAUAAUAAAAUUUAAGAAAUGUAUAUUUGUAUUUAGUUUUUAAAUAAAGUCACUCACUGGUAUUUCUAAAGUAAAAGAUAUUCAA